GAAUAGUGUCAAGCGCGAUAUCUCUUUGAGAAGCACUACGAAGGAACAGCAGCUGCGGGCUGCCAGUGAACGCCGCGAUGCUGUACGAGGACCUGCGCGGUCUGCAUGAGGACAUUGAACGCUUGGAGCAGGCCGUCGCUGAUCGGGUAUUGGAGGAUCCCAAACACAUCCGUAGCCGACUCGUGCGCGACCAUGAAAUUCAGACUUUCCUCGACCGAAUCCAAUCACAAUCGCAGCGCGCGCUAUCAAUCUACAAAGAGCAAGAAGCACGAACACAAGAGAUCCAGGCGAUAAGUACGGGAGACACCUUCGAGGCAUUCCGCGAUGAGGUCAAGAAGAUCAAGACAUACCACGAGCGAUAUCCGCAUGAACCAGUCGAGAAUCUCGAGCGGGCAUACAAGCGUCCACAGGAUGGAGGUCCGCCAGGAGGAUUUGCUGGAGACAUUGAGUCCAUGUUCACUGGAGAGGAGGCUUUCGGACGCUUCUUUGACCUCACGAUGCUGCAUGAUGAAUACCUCAAUCUGCCCGGCAUGAAGGAUGUUCGGCGGAUAACAUAUCUGCAGUAUCUGGAUACUUUCGAUGCCUUCACACCGCCAAAAUCAACGCUCAGCCGCCAGCACAAGAUGACGGAAGAGUAUUUCUCUUAUGUUGGAUCACUCGCACAAUAUCUCGAGUCCUUCCUCCGGCGGACUAAGCCCCUUGAGGACAUCGAGAAGCUGCUACAGACAUUCGAUGAAGAGUUUGAAAAGGAAUGGUCAGAGGACAAGGUGCCGGGAUGGGAGGCCAUGACAGCAGCGCCAACAUCGAAUGGUCCAGCCACGGAGGGCACUGGCGAGGGCGUAUGGUGCGCCGACUGCAAGAAAGAGUUCAAAAACGACAAUGUCUACAAAGCCCAUCUCACCGGGAAGAAACACAUCAAAGCUGCUGAAGCGCGUCAAAAUGGUGGCGAAUCGAAUGGCGCCGCCGCAAAUAACGCAGCUGCUCCAGUCGCCCGACUGAAGGAGCGCGCGGUGGCUGAGAGGGAACACCGUAUCCGCAAACUGGCCUCCACGAUGCAGACCGAGCGCGAGGACACCCGUGUGAAUGUUGAGAGGAAGGCAGGCAUGACCGAUCGUGAACGACAGCAGGAGCUCGCGGCGCUCUUCGCCGAAGACACAGAAAUGGCCGGAGUUGCACGCGCCGAGGAUGAGGACGAAGACGACGACGGCGAGGAGAAGGUGUACAAUCCACUGAAGCUGCCACUCGCCUGGGACGGCAAGCCAAUUCCGUUCUGGCUGUACAAAUUGCAUGGUCUGGGCGUCGAAUUUCCGUGUGAGAUUUGUGGAAACUUCGUUUACAUGGGUCGCCGUGCAUUCGACAAGCACUUCAGUGAGGCGAGGCAUGUCCACGGAUUGCAAUGUCUGGGCAUUACGAAGCAUACGGGUCUGUUUAGGGAGAUCACGAAGAUUGAGGAGGCCGAGCGAUUGUGGGAGAAGCUGGAGCGAGAUCGCCAAAAGGAGCUGGAGAGGAAGGGUGGGGACGAUGGCGAAGGUGUCAUCGAAAUGGAGGACUACUCUGGCAAUGUCAUGCCGAAGAAGGUCUACGAUGAUCUGGCGAGGUCUGGCUUGCUCUGA